AUGAUGCUCUCCGAAGGCUCCGCGUACGGCAAGGCGCGAAAGUCGGCCGCUAAGGACCUCGUCGACGCGCACAAGGAGUUUUACAACGCGUCCUCCGCUUACGCGGACUCUCUUAAAACCGCCGGCACCGCGCUGUUAAUCUACUGCGAGGGGACGAAUAUAUUCAUCGGGUCCGCGCUCGGGGCGAAUGUUCCGCCGCAGGCCUUUCAGAACGUUCCGCCAGUGCAGGUGUCGGAAGUUUCCGGGGAAGGCGCGGCCGCGGGAGAUACGGCGGAGAACGCGGCGGGAAACGCGGUGGAGCGAAGUGGGUCGGAGGCGUCUAAUUCGAUUGUGCUUGCGGGUCCCGGAAGUUCCGCGGCGUUGCCUGCGCCGACUCCCGUUCCGCCGCAGCUGGUUGCGCCUUCCCCGUCCCCUCCCCCUCCGCCAAGAGACGCGGCUCCUGGCGCAACUCCUCCGCCAGGCCCCGGCGGUCUUCCCCCGGCCUAUCCGUACGGCUCCGCGCAGUAUCCGCCACCUCCGCCCGGUUCCGGUUACCCUCCGCCGCCUCUGAUCGGCGGCGGAACUCCUCCCCCGCCGGGAGGUUCCGCGUAUCCCCCUCCGCCCCCCUAUCAAGGCACUCCGCCCUCCUAUCAGGGAACUCCGCCCGCCGCUUACCCACAGUCCAGCUCCGGCGGCGGGUAUGGGGGGCCGCCGCCGCCGUAUCCCCCCCAGGGCACUCCCGCUCCGCCGUUCCCCGGAUAUGGCUCCCCCGGCGGGGCUCCGCCUCCCGCGGGUGGUUAUUCAGGGGGAUACUCGGGGGCAUAUCCGCCCCCUCCGCCCCCUGGCGGAGCGUACGGCGGGCCCCCGCCUGCGCCCGCGGGCGGAGCGGGGGGAUGGGAGCAGCGGCCGCAGGCGCAGCUUCCGCCUCCGCAUGGCGCAGGAAAUUCCGGUCAAAUGCUGAGCAGCUCCGGGAAUUUCGGGCCGCCAGGCGCUUCGGGAAUGAUGGGGGGGUCAUCAGGGAUGCUAGGCGGAUCGGGGCAAAUAAUAGCCUAUGUUGGUCCUAGCGGCGGCGCGGUUUUAGGCGACAAGUGGGCGGACGAGUUCGCUAAGAAGGUGAACGCGCAUUUCCUGGAAGCUUCCGCGCGGAUCACGGCGCUGGUGGAGCUGCUUAAAGUCGGGGCGCCCAUUCCGAAGAACGCGGUGCCGCCGCUGACGGUGGCGGCGGCCACUAAGGAGGGCGGGCAGCUGGAGAGUAUUGGCGACACGGUUCAGAAGCUGCUAAACUGGGAGCGCGAUAUUAAAGACAAGAUCUGGGACAUGGAGACGAUUCGAACUGAGUUAAAAAGCAAAGACAAGCGGGUGCGCACGGAAACCAAGCGCGCGAGCGGGAACGCGAACGCGGAUCCGCGGAAGCUGGAGGGCGCGCAGGUGAAGCUGGGGGACGUGCAGCACCGCAUGGCGGGCGCGAGCGAGCGCGUGGUGACGGCGUGCCAUGCGGUGGAGGCGUAUAAAACGGACCUUCUCUUCCCGCAGCUGCUCCGCCUGCUGCCCUGUCUGGUGUCCACGUGGCACUCUCUCUCCCAGCUGCACGAUCAGCAGCAGCAGCUGGCGACCAUGCUGGCCAAUCACUACAUGCCACCUGUCACCCACGAGGGGGCCACCACUGCUGGGCAGGCGCCACUCACACCUGGUGUCAUGCAGGUCCCCAGCACCACAAAAGCGCAGCACGAGGCGACUAAGAAGCUGGACGAUGCGUUCAAGAAGUGGCACUCCUCACUCAGUGUGCUAUGCGCAGCACAGCGCAAGUUCUUCUCAGCACUCAUCACCUGGGUCCGAAAGACCCUCGCCUUCCCCCCAGACUUCCCCAAGCCGCCUCUCCCCGGCACGGCCCCUCCUCCGGGUCAGUACGUGGCCAGCUGGGCUCCGGGCGGUGCUGCUGGCGCUACUCCUGCUCCGCCCCCGCCUCCCCCACCAGGCCAACAGCAUGUGGAGGGGCCACUAGUGGCGUUGGGGAAUGACUGGGUGAGAACAAUGGACCGGCUGCCAGAGAAGGAGGUGAAGGAUGCAGUGAUGGGGUUCUGCGGGUGGAUCAACCAGGCGUAUGAGCGGCAGAAGGCAGAAAUGAAGCAGCUUAAACUCCUGCAGGACAGCUUGAAGCAGUUGUCUAAGCAAGAGUCGAAGCUAGAGCAGCUGCAGCAGAAAGAGAGAGAACUGCAGCUGGCCCUGGGAGGCCCAGCAGCAGCAGGCGCAGAGACACCAGCAGAGCAGCAGGCGAAGCAAGCGAAGGCAGCAGCUGCUGCAGCCGAGGUUGCCAGCUGCAGAGUCGCCUUGGAGAAUGCGAGAAACAAGGUGAAUGCGGAAAGUGUGGCCCUGGAGAGGCUGGGGGCUGAUGCUAGAGCAGCUGCAUUGUCCGGGCUGAGACAGGGUCUGCCAGUUGUAUUCGAAAAUGCUGGAAGGUUUUCAGGGACGGCAUCGCAAGCGUAUGCCAUGUUGCAGACACAGCAUGCGCCAUGGCUUCCAGUGCAGGUGUAG